AUGCGCCUGUGCCUUUCUCGCACCCCUCCCUCAUCACACUUCCUUCGUCCCACCCGACCGGCUGCCGGGCUCGAGAUAAGGCGGCGCCUGUGCACGAGGUGCCUGCUGACAACAAGGACCGGCGAGAGUGGACGAAGCAGGGCGGCGAGGUCUCCAACCGCGGGGCGCCGCCUCUCGGCCGCUGCCAACCUGCUUACGCAGCCCCCUCUGUCACCUAGCAGGUUCCGCCAGCUCGCGACCGUGGUGACGGCUUCUGCGGAGAAAGCCAACGCGCCCGACCACCAUGGGCCGAUUCAAGAAUACGACCGGCGCGUCAGCCAGGGGCGUCUCCGCGAGGACCAGCACCAGCGCGGCAUCAUACAGAGCCUGCAGAACCUGCACGGCGACCUCAUCCACUACCGGGCGCGGCCGGUCGUGCGCCCGAGCCUCGACAUCCUGAAGCCUCCGAAAUCCGUCUUCUCCUGGUUCGGGCCGAAGCUGAGCGCUGCGGGGACGAAGGAGAUCCCGAAUGAUCUCCCGCGAGGCUUGUACCUUUACGGCGACGUCGGGAGCGGCAAGACGAUGCUGAUGGACCUCUUCUACGACACGCUGCCCAGCGGGGUGCGCACCAAGACGAGGAUACACUUUCACAACUUCAUGCAGGACGUGCACAAGCGGCUGCACAAGAUGAAGAUGGUGCACGGCAACGACCUGGACGUGGUCCCGUUCGUGGCCGCGGACAUCGCCGAGCAGGCGAACGUGCUCUGCUUCGACGAGUUCCAGUGCACCGACGUCGCCGACGCCAUGAUCCUGCGGCGGCUCCUCGAGUCGCUCAUGUCGCACGGGGUCGUGCUCGUCACGACGUCGAACCGGCACCCGGACGAGCUGUACAAGAACGGGAUCCAGCGCGAGUCCUUCGUGCCGGCGAUCCACCUGCUCAAGUCGCGGCUGCACGUCAUCAACCUCGACUCGCCGACCGACUACCGCAAGAUGCCGCGGCCGCCGUCGGGCGUCUACCACACGCCGCUCGACAGCCACGCGGCCUCGCACGUCGAGAAGUGGCUGCGCUUCCUCGGCGACCCGGACGACGCGCAGCCGCACCACCCGGAGACGCAGCGCGUGUGGGGCCGCGAGAUCCGCGUGCCGCGCGUCAGCGGGCGCUGCGCCUGGUUCACGUUCGAGGAGCUGAUCGGGCGCGCGACGGGCGCGGCCGACUACCUGGAGCUGAUGCGGUGCUACGACGCCUUCAUCGUGUCGGACGUGCCGGGGAUGACGUUCCGCGAGCGCGACCUGGCGCGGCGGUUCAUCACCUUCGUCGACGCCGUGUACGAGUCGCGCGCGAAGCUCGUGCUGACGACGGCCGUGCCGCUGACGCAGCUCUUCGUGUCGCCGCAGGAGCUGCGCGAGUCGCUGUCGCGCCAGGGGGGGAAUGCGGCCUCGGCUUCCGGCUCCGGCUCCGGCUCCGCCGCCGACGACGAGCCGGACAGCGACACCGCCAUGCAGCACAUGCUCGAGGACGUCGACACCAACAUCGGCCAGCUCAAGAGCUCGAGCCUCUUCUCCGGCGAGGAGGAGCGCUUCGCCUUCUCCCGCGCCCUGUCGCGGCUCAGCGAGAUGUCGAGCAAGGAGUGGGUCGAGCGCGGCAUGGGCCUCGAGGCGCUCGGCGGCAAGGCCGAGAGGGACGGCUGGGCGAAGGCUCGCAGCCGGCAGAUGGAGGACAGCAUGUGA